GUGUCUGACGCGGGAUAUUCUCCGAUGCCCCCGACACAAGCUUUCUCGCUUCCAGGGAAUGAGGUCGUGCACUUGUUGGAUCCUCCGGCGCACUCCUCCCGCCCUACAGUGCGCCUCGCCUAUCCUCCGGAGUAUCGAGAAUAUCCCCGCGCGCCGUCCACGUAUCUUGAGUCUCCCACGUUCGACUUUCAUCAGCAUCAUACACAAGAGCAUCCUCGUUCUUUGGCGGGCCCUACGACGACUCGUGCGGACCCGCCGAUGGACAGCCCACCUCCUGUCGCCACCUCAAGCGCGGUCGCUCUUUACGACGGCGAGCCGGGAGAACAAAUUGAUAUCGGCUCCCUCGUGCAGUCAUUCUCUUACCUUGCAAACGGGCGUGGCGAGCCAGCUAUUCCCGCGACGCCGCCUUUGUAUUCUUCGAUACGCCAAUUGACACCCCUCUAUCCGACGUCUCACAUGAACACCCUUCUCUCCGCGCCACACCCAACUUCUGAGUCCCCUCGAACGCCGUCCUCGCCUCCGUUGAUGAUUGGUGAAUACUAUACGACCACGAGCACGGCUACGCUGGUCAACGGCGAGCCGGCCGGGGAGGCCUAUCGCGACUCGCUCGCACAGCCCUCUCAUCAUCCCAGGGAGGACCCGUAUGCAGCGGCUCAUGCAAGCACUCUCCCGCCUCAGGCCAGCGCUUCCUCGCGUCCUUCGACGACUCGCCCGACUCAAAAUCGGCGGCAGCGUCGUACU